CAUGAAAUUGUCCAAAAUGUCUUGGUAUGCUGACCCCUUAAGAGUUCCCUUUACUGGAACUAAGGGACUCUGCAGACAGUUGACUUCUGCUCACUGUGUGCUUCAGCAUGUGCUGACCCCACUCUGUCAUAUUAGGUGGCCUACCACUUCUUGGCUGAGUUUCUGUAGUUCCCAGUUGCUUCCACUUUGUUAUAAUAGCGCUAACAGUUGACCGUGGAAUAUUUAAUACCAAGGAAAUUUCACGGAUGGACUUAUUGCACAGGUGGCAACCUAUUAUAUUACCACGCUUGGAUUUUCUGAGCUUCUGAGAAUGACCCAUUCUUUCACCAAUGUUUGUAGAAGCAGUCUGCAU